AUGCUUAAACGAACAGGCAAUGAUGAUGAUGAAGACGAUGAUAAUGAUAAUGAUGAUGAUUGUGGCGAUAAUAAUAAUGACAAUAAUAAUGAUGAUGAAAGUGAUGGUAGUGAUGAUGAUGAUGAUGAUGAUGAUGAUGGUUGUAAAGCAAACCAAAAAUUUUUUAACUAA